GAGGUUGCGGAUAAACCCCGGUUUUAUCGGCUGCACUGCACGAGCACACAGAUAUCUGCACAUUUACAUCACUCCAACUCCAACUUUUUUCUUCAACAAAUAAAUACAAACAAGUGGCGUGCAAAAUUGAUCGAAAAAAAAAAACCCCUUGCCUUGCGAUUCUGAAAAAAUGGAGGAAGAUCAGGGAAGCAGUACUGGGAAGAAGAAGAAGGUGAUGGUGGCUAUAGAUGAGAGCGAGUGCAGUCACUAUGCUCUCGACUGGGCUCUCCAAAACCUCUCCAACUCCAUCGCCAACUCCGAUCUCUUCCUCUUCACCGUUCAACCCAUUGCUGAUUACAGCUAUUUAUAUGCCUCUUCUUAUGGCGCUACUCCCCCCGAAUUGGUUAGAAAUUUCCAAGAAAAUCAGAAGAAGGUUUCCCUGGCUCUGCUAGAGAAAGCUAAGGACAUCUGCAGUAAAUAUGGGGUAGUUGCAGAGACAAUGACAGAAGCUGGAAAUCCGAAAGAGACCAUAUGUGAAACAGUGGAAAAGCUCCACAUCCAAUUGCUUAUAUUGGGCAGCCAUAGUAAAGGAGCUCUGAAAAGGGUUUUUCUGGGAAGUGUCAGCAAUUACUGUGUUCACCAUGCCAAGUGCCCAGUUCUCGUCGUGAGGAAGCCGAUUUGAGUAGAUCAUAUUGUGUGAUAUGCUAUAUGCUGCAGAUUCUAGUUGUGAGGAAACUGGUAAAAUGAAGGGCUUUCCGUCCAUAAGACACAUCAUUCUGGAUAGUUAGUUUCUAUAUAUAUAUUUGGUUUGUAUAAUAAUACUCAUGUGCAAAUUAAGACUUCUUGUUUAUAAGUGGAAUAAAUUGAGUUGUCUGUCUUGAUUUCCAAA